AUGGACCCCAUCGAGCCCGUCAACGGCUCGCCUGAUCCCCACGAAGGCCAGCCACCGUCGGCCACGCCCUCCCCCGGACCGACGUCAUACCCCCGACAACGUGCGGCCUCGCUGCGUUCCCGCCGCCCGUCCAUUCGCCUCCAACGCCUGCCUUCGUUGGAGCAGGCAAAUCUAUCCACGCUCCGCUCACAGCAAUCGCAACAAAAUGGCGAUACCAGCAGGACCCCUGGGACCACUCUGUCCCCUCUUCCUGCCAUCCCAGCAGCUUCCCCCGAAGACGAGUCAUGGCAGGGCAAUCGUCGUCGCAGCAACUCCGAGCCCCGACCUGGGCGAUGGUCUACGCCCAACCCGGCUGCUCUGGCACGGGUGACGACGGGCGGCCAGAUGCGCCCGGUGCAAGAGGAGACGUCGCACCCCAUCGUUUCCUCGGCAUCAAACCAACAAAUGCCGGAGGAUGUCCCUCCGCUACCGGAGAUACCGAGACGGGGUAGUCGGACCCCCAUGCGAUGGGCAAGUGGAAUGGGGGUGAACCGAUUCACGCGGAAUCGGGCGUCGACGGUUGGUGGAAGUGCUCCGGCUCAAAACCAUGAGGUGGACGACGAAUAUCGGUCUCAUAUUGUUGAUGUUUUGGACGUCAUUGAUCCGGAAGUGUCGGCCUUAUCUACCCUCACGAAUGUUCAGAAUUCCUUGUUCAUCCCGAAUCUGGGGCCUCUUUUGAAUCGCAACCAGACUUAUACGCUCUCGCCGCCAUCACCCAUGAGAGAACUAGAAUCUACAAGUGACGAGGAACGAGCGGAUGAGAUAAAGGAGCCCGAAGUUCGUCCAUCUAUAGAACACACACUUACAUCUGUUAUCGGCGAGGGGGAGGAGCCUCGGUUUGCUGUGCUGCCUGAGGGGAGCAAUCUUGCGGGCUGGAGCCCCGAAGAAAUCGAAGAGCUUAAUGACCAUGUCCGGCACAUGCUGCAUUCUCGACGAUCAAAGUUUAAGCGUUCAAUGAAGGGGUUUAGGAAAUAUGUAUCAAAGCUUACUCUAUAUGCCACACUCAUCACGCUUUUCGGUCUUGCCUGGGUACUUUUCCUCAUUGGCUGGAUCAAUGUCGGGGGCAGGCAAUCCUACAUCAUUAACGUCAUCGACAACGUCCUUGUAGCCUUGUUCGCAAUCAUGGGUGACGGGCUGGCCCCGUUCCGAGCCAUCGACACCUACCACAUGAUCUUCGUCGCUCGAUACACGUUCUUGACAUGGAAGAUCCGACGCAAACGACAUCUCCCGGAUCUCAAGAACAAGAACGACCUCCCAUCACGACGAGAAACAGACGUCGACGUCGAACUCGGCGACACCCCGAAAGGCGAAGAAUAUGAAUUUACCGUCCUCGACCCCGUGCGACAACUAAAGCUCAUUCACCACCAAAACAAGCUCUCUAAAUCCCACACCUUCUACAAACCCCACGAAACAUUCACCCACUACGCAUUCCCCAUGCGUCUCCUCAUCGCCAUCGUGGUCCUCCUAGACUGCCACUCCCUAUUCCAGAUCGCCCUAGGCACCUGCACGUGGGCCAUCAGCUACCACGUCCGCCCCUUCGCCUUGACAACCGUCAUCCUCUGCUGCUCUAUCUGCUGCAACAUCACCGGCGGUGUCCUGAUCAUGAUUGGCGACCGCAUGACUCGCAAGAAAGACGUCGUGGAGCGCCUCUUCCGCCAGCAAUUAACCGAGGAAGCAAUGAAGAAGAUCCGAAAGAAGAAGCGGAAAGAAGAAGAGAGGCGAAACGCCGAGAAUGGUGGCGUGUCACGUUCCCAUUCGAUCUCUUCCCAGCGAAAGCUGUCACUCUCACAACCAAGAGAAGACGAGUAUGAAUCAUAA